AUGAAAACACUUCAAGUGUUCCACCUUAUCAAAACGAGCGCUUACCAAUUAACCGAUUUUAAUCAUUCUACUUCAGUACCAGUUUUAUUUUUGCUGAAAACUGGAACAAAACCUAUGAUAGAAAUGCUACCUUCAUCAUUACACUUCACUUCCAGGAAAACAGGUAUUGAUUCUCGAAUGCCGAGUGGAUCUUUAUUAUCAUUAAGGACAUUUUAUGCAUUUGGAGCUCGUAGUGGACGAGCUCCUUUGCUACAGCGGUCCUUAUCACAUAAUGCGCAUGGUAGUAGUACGUAUGCGGGAUCGUUGCAGCAGUCCACGGAAAAGAGUAUCACCAUUCAGCGUUCUUCCACGUCAUCCCUGAUACACAGUCCAAAGCGCAGCAUAACUUAUUAUAAUCGACGUUACCUUACAUCUUCCUCCAAUAUUUCCAAACCUUAUUCAAGCACAGUUGUUAAUAUUCAUAGAUUUUCUAAAUGGGAUAACAAGGAAAAUCAUCAAAUGAGGACAGGACAAAUAGUUUUACCCAAAAUUUUGCGAAAUACAGGGAUCAUUACAAUGCAAAGUUCUAUCAGCACGCGAAACUCGUAUCAUAUCGAAAAUGGUGCUGUAUUACAACGGUGUGAGCAACCGGUAAAUAUACCUGCUUCUCCGGAAACAAAGAGUGAAAUAUCAAAGCCUCAAGAGGAUUCUGCAGAAAUGAUCGUUCUAAUAGGAAAAAAUCAGGCGUUGGAAGCAGAAGUGAAACGACUGACUUUAAAGCUCAGAGAGAAAGAACGCUCAGAAAGAGAAUUUAGAAGGAAAAUAUUAGAAUAUGCAGCAGAAAUAAAAGUAUGGAAAAAAAAGUAUGAAAUGCAGAAACUAGCAGCAACAAUUGAAAUCAGUGAAGUAAAGGGCAAUGAAGAGGAGAUCAGCGAUAUUAUGGAACAACUGAAUAAUGCAGCCGAAAAAUUAACUCGUUUAGAUGCUGUUAAAGACCUUAAACUCCUACAAAGCGAGAUGGAAACAGCAUUAAAAGAAAUUAGUAAAUAA